GACUUCGCACUCGUCAGUCUUGAGCUCUACUUCGAACGUGUCGGUUGUGUGGUGUGAAACCGCUACGCGCUAGAAACCUUAGUAGGUCGCGGGACAACUUUUACUUCUACAGUAACUAAUGUUACUGGUGUGUGGUGUGAAGUUAUUCUCAUAGAGCAGUGAAUUUUAAAGUGAAAACACAAAGUGAUUUUAACGGGAGGAAAAACGGAUCAACUAGCCACGCUCGUCCUCGGAAAAUUGCGGAAAAGGACCGAGAGAGCCUGAGUGUAUUUGUGUGGAAAACCUGAUCAAGAGUGAGUGAAAGUGAGUGAAAAGCGAGCGGAAGAAUUUCGGUGCAAAUAGUGAUUGUUGUCGUCGUCAGUUGGAGAGUGGGGAAUUGGACCCGGAAAGAGGGUGUUUCCGGUUUUGACAGUGUUCUGAAACCUAAGAAGGAGGAUAGCAGAAUCAAACGAGAGAAAGUGAUCGCGUGUGAGUGGAUUCUGUAGCGGAUCGAUUGGGUGGAUUAGAACCUUUUCGCUGGAAUUGUUCGAUUUCAACAGCCACAACUCUGGAUUACGGAUACGGCGACGAUUUUAGAGGUUGGUUAUCAUCUAUGCCCUAGGAAAAAGAACUAGACCUUGAGCUGAGUAGGUUCACAGUAUGAGCCAGGAGGCUACGCAAGCCAGGUACAGCAACGCUCCAACAUGACGCAACGCGAGGGCAUCUUCAAGUUCGAGAACGAACGCAUCAAGACCCUGCAGGAGGAACGGUUGCACAUCCAGAAGAAGACGUUCACAAAAUGGAUGAACUCGUUCCUAGUCAAGGCCAAGAUGGAGGUCGAGGACCUGUUCACCGAUCUGGCCGACGGCAUCAAGCUGCUCAAGCUGCUCGAGAUCAUCUCGGGCGAGAAGCUGGGCAAGCCGAACAACGGCCGCAUGCGGGUCCACAAGAUCGAGAACGUCAACAAGAGCUUGGCCUUCCUGCACACCAAGGUCCGUCUCGAGUCCAUCGGAGCGGAAGAUAUUGUCGAUCACAAUCCCCGGUUGAUUCUGGGUCUCAUCUGGACCAUCAUCUUGCGGUUUCAGAUUCAGGAGAUUGAAAUCGAUGUGGACGAAGAGAACGAGUCAUCGGAGAAGAAAUCCGCCAAAGACGCCCUGUUGCUGUGGUGCCAGCGCAAAACCCAGGGCUACCAGCAUGUGCACAUUACCGACUUUACCAACUCGUGGCGCUCGGGGCUGGGCUUCAACGCGCUCAUCCACUCGCACCGGCCGGAUCUGUUCGACUACAACAGCCUCAUGCCGGGCCGGAACAUCGAGAACCUCAACCACGCCUUCGAGGUGGCCGACCGGGAGCUGGGCAUCCCGCGGCUGCUGGACGCCGAAGACAUCGACACGGCCCGGCCGGACGAGAAAUCGAUCCUGACGUACGUGGCCAGCUACUACCACACGUUCGCCCGGAUGAAGAACGAGCAGAAGGGUGGCAAGCGAAUUGCGAAUAUCGUCAACAAACUGAUGGAUGCCGACAAAAAGAAAAUGCAGUUUGAAAACCUUAUCACCGAUCUGCUGAGUUGGAUCCGGAACAAAACGACCGAACUGGAGAAGCGAAACUUUCCCAACUCGGUCGAGGGCAUCCAGAGGGAGCUGCUAGCAUUCAAAGAGUACCGAACCAUUGAGAAACCACCUAAAUACAAGGAACGAUCAGAAAUCGAAGCCUUGUUCUUCCACGUUAAUACCCUGCUGAAGUCCCUGAACCAGCCACACUACACCCCACAAGACGGAAAGAUGAUCAACGACAUCGAGAAGGCAUGGCAACGCUUGGAGAACGCCGAGCACAACCGGGAAGUGGCCCUCCGAGAGGAACUGCUCCGACAAGAAAAGCUAGAACAACUAAACUACAAGUUCGAGAAGAAGUCAGUAUUAAGAGAAGGAUACCUGAAUGAGAUGAUCCAGGUCCUGUCGGAUCCGCGCUACGGAGCGAACAUUCGACAGGUGGACGCCACGGUCAAGAAGCACGAAGCCAUAUCCGCCGAUAUCCUGGCGAGAGCCGAUCGCUUCAACGACCUCACGGACAUGUGCAAUGAACUACACAACGAAAACUACCAUGGAAAGGAGCGGGUCCAGAAACGGGAAACCGAAGUCAUCGGCAAGUGGAAAGAACUACUAGAACUACUGGAAAAUCACAAACUUAAGCUAACCCAAAUGAGCGGGCUCAUGAACCUCCUGCGAGAAAUCGACGCCACCAUGAGCACAAUCCAAGCCUUGAAGGUCCAAUUCGCUUCCGAAGACGUUGGACCUCAUCUACUUGGAGUUGAGGAACUCCUGCAAGCACACUCACUGCUAGAGCUACAAGUCACCACGCUUGGCGAGACGCAACGAAGAUACAUUCGCCAAGGAGAAGCAUUCAAGAAGUCCGGUACGAAAGAUACCAGCCAGCUCGACCAGAAGCUCACCGAACUGGCCAAGUCCUACGAAGAGCUGCAAGGCUGCAGUGCAGAACGCCGAGCCCGCCUUGAUGAAGCUCACGAUUUCUACCAAUUCGUGGAAGACCAUGAAAACGAAGAAGGCUGGCUGGUGGACAAACAGCGUAUCUGUAAGGCCGGAAUUACGGCCAAAGAUCUGCGCGCUGUCGUCUCCCUACAACAGAAACACAAAGCCCUCGAAGACGAGAUGAAAGUCCGCAAACCAAAAACGGUCCAAAUCACCGAAGCCGGUAAGAAAUUGAUCACCGACAAACAUCCCCGAAAAGCGGAUGUCCAGGCCAAAAUCGAAUCCCUCCAGGAACACUGGAAAGCCCUCGAAGACCUGGCAGACGUACGCAAGCGCCAGCUUGACGACGCCGCCGAGGCGUACCAAUUUUACGCCGACGCCAACGAAGCGGACUCGUGGCUCAACGAAAAGAUGGCGCUGGUCGCUUCUGAUGACUUCGGAGUCGACGAACCCUCCGCUCAGGCUUUACUACAACGCCAUCGGGAUCUUCAGGGCGAACUGAACGCCUACUCUGGAGACAUCCUGAACCUGAACCAACAGGCCGACAAGCUUAUCAAAGCCGGCAUCUGUACCCUAGAUCUGUCGGCCGAGCCAGAACCAACCCAGGAACUGGAACAGGAAGAGUGGGUCAACGAAACUCGACUGGUCCCCAAGGAAGUCUGGGAAGAAGAACCCGUCGAACGCCUAGAACACAAAACCGUCACCGAGAACAAACUGCUGCCGCACGUCCGGGCGCUGUAUCCCUUCGAAGGCCAAGGCAUGAAGAUGGCCAAAAACGAAAUCAUGAUCCUGCAGAACAAGACCAACCCGGAUUGGUGGAACGUCCGUAAGCUCGACGGAUCCGAAGGCUUCGUACCCGCCAACUACGUCAAGGAGAUCGAGGCUCGCCCGGUCCCCUGCCUGAUUCGCAAAGCCGAAAAGGUCAAAGUGAUGCAGAAGGUCAAGAAGACUAUCCUGGUCAAGCAGGUCGUACCGGUGAAGCGCGUUCGACCGGCUAAGGUCAGCCAGGUCAAACCCCUGGUCAAACGACGCGCUGAGGGUGAUACCUCGAUCGACAGCAACGACAGUGUCGACAAGCGCCAGAAGGACAUCAACAGCACGUACGAUCAGCUGCAGGAGCUGGCAGAGAGGCGCCGAGCUUUGUUGGAAGACUCGAUCUGUCUGUUCCGUUUCUACCGCGAGUGCGAUGAUUUCGAGAAAUGGAUCAAGGAUAAGGAGAAGAUGCUUCGUACGGACGAUCCCAAGGACAACGUCGAGAGCGCCAAGAGGAAGUUCGAAACCUUCCUCACAGACCUCUCCGCUUCGUCGAAGCGUGUGGAAGCCAUCGAUUCGGACGUCGAAGACUUUGUCCGGCAAGGGCACUCCCAGCUGGAUAAGGUCAAGGCUCGCCAGCGACAGAUUCAUCAGAUGUGGGAGCAUCUGAACUACCUGAAGGGACAGAAGGAGAAGAACUUGGAAGGAGCUUCCAGUGUGGAGUUGUUCAACCGCACCUGCGAGGAAGCCAUCGACUGGAUGAACGAGAAGAUGACCCAACUGGAUACGGCCGAAGUUGGUCCGGAUCUGAAGACCGUACAGGCUCUUCAAAGACGGCACGAAAAUCUUGAGCGGGAAUUGGCACCCGUGCAGGAGAAGGUAAGCCGAGUAAACCUCCUCGGAAAUACAGUGAAAAACUCGUAUCCUUCCGAGAGAGAUAACGUCACCGAGAAGCAGAAAGACAUCCAAGGCUUGUGGAAGAAGGUCGAGGAAAAGGCCAAGGAGCGUCGGUCCCGAUUGGAGAACGCUGUCGGUCAACAAAUCUUCACCAAUAGCUCGAAGGCUCUGUUGAACUGGAUCGAUGGGGUGCACAACCAGCUGAACGCAGCCGAACCUGCCAGGGACGUUGAAACUGCCGAGAACUUGUCGAAGAAGCACAACGAACUUGGCGAGGAUAUCAAGGCCCACGACGAUGAGUUCCAACAGCUGGCCAAACUCGGCAAGCAGCUGAUGCAGCGAAAUCCCAAUCUGGUGGAGGUACCGGAAACUUUGAAGAAGCUGGCUGCCGAACAGGAAGCGGUCUACGCAGCUUGGAAGGUGAAGGAGCAGAAACUGCAGCAGUGCAUUGAGUUGCAGAUCUUCAACCGGGAAGCGGAUAAGAUCGACGCCACGACCAAGAGCCACGAAGCGUACUUGGAGUACGACGAUCUUGGCAAUUCGUUGGAUGACGUAGAGGCCAUUCUGAAGCGCCACACUGAUUUUGAAAACAGCCUCGGAGCUCAGGAUAAGAUCCUGAAAAAUUUCUCGGAAGGGGCUGACAAACUGAUUCGGAACAAUCACUACGAUGCCAAAUACAUCGCUGAGCGUCGCGAUCAAGUACUGUUGCGAAGGGAAAGAGUCAAGGAUCUGGCUCAGAAGAGACGCAAUGCGUUGCAAGCCUCGAAAGACUUCCAGAAGUUCAGCGCUGAUGUGGAUGAUUUGAACACCUGGUUGGCAGACAAGGCCAAGAUCGCUGGCGAUGAGAGUUACAAGGAUUUGACGAAUCUUCCCCGAAAGCUGCAGAAGCACAAAGCUUUUGAGAGGGAAUUGCGUGCCAACGAGGGGCAGUUGCGCACCGUUAACAAGGAGGGAGAAGCACUGAUCAAGACGAAUAACCGAGCGGAGGAAGUGACGGUAAUGCUCGCAGCGGUGAACCAAAAGUGGAAGGAUUUGAACCAAUCGUCGCUGGAGAAGGGCCGACGACUGGAGCAGGCUUCUCUGCAGAGAGAACACAAUCGAAACAUUGAGGAUGCCAAAAGCAAACUGGAGGAGUUGGGUGCUGCGCUGCAGAGCAAGCAGGUCGGUAAUGAUCUGCGUAGUUGCAAGGAUUUGAUGAACAAGCAUCAGAUGGUGGAGAACGAUGUUGGGCUGUGGGAGCAGAAGGUGGCCGAAUUGGUAACUUCUGGCGAGGAGAUGGCCCAUGAGGGACAUUUCGAUGCCAACAAUAUCAAGAAUGAAACGAAGAAGCUGCAGAAUCAGUUCAGGCAUUUGAAGAAGCCUGCGGCGAAGCGACGAGAAGCGUUGGACGAGAGUUUGCGCUUCCACAAGUUUGUGUUCGAGCUGGACGCUGAACUGCAGUGGAUCAACGAACAUCUACCGGCCGCCAGUUCCGAUGUUAUCGGACAGAACUUACACCAGGCGCAGAGUCUGUACAAGAAGCACAAGAAGUUGGAAGCUGAAAUCGAGGGUCAUCAGCCGAUGAUCAACAAGACGUUGACCUCGGCCGAAAACCUGAUCAAUCAAGAUCACCCGGAGAAGGAGAAAGUUAAGGAGCUGUGCAACACGCUGGAUCUUGCGUGGAAUGAUCUACAAGCGAAGGGCAAUGAGCGAUCCAAGAAGUUGGAACUGUCGCUUAAAGCUCAGCAGUACCUGUCGGAAGCCGGGGAGAUCGAGACCUGGCUGGGAGAGCGCAAUAAUGUACUGCGAUCAACGGAUUACGGACGAGAUCGUGACUCCGCUACCAAACUGCUGACGAAGCACAAGGGUAUCGAACUGGAGUUGGACACGUAUUCGGGAAUUGUUUCGGAGAUGGGUCACGCUGCGUCGGCCAUGGUGUCGUCGAAACAUCCGGACAGUAAGGUGAUCGCCGCUAAGCAGCAGUUGAUCGAGAAGAUGCUCAAAUCGCUGCAGAAGCUGGCAGCUCAACGACAGCUACGAUUGAUGGAAAGUCUCUACCGACACGAGUACUUCAUGGAGUCCGCCGAUUUGGAGCAGUGGAUCAAGGAGCAGGAGCAGGCCGUCAACUCGGAAGACUACGGCCAUGAUUAUGAACACUUAUUGAUCUUGAAGAACAAGUUUGACGACCUGAAGCACCGCAUCGAAGUCGGAGCAGAGCGGUUUAACCAAUGCGAGGAGUUCGCCAAGAAGCUCAUCGGUAGUGACAGUCCCUACGUGGCAGAUAUUGAGAAGCGACAGGAGCAGCUCAGAGGGAGGCAGCCGGUCUACACCGAGGCCCAGUUGGAUGUCGUUGAACAGCAUGAUCACAUCUGCAAUUGCUGGCAGAAUCUGCUGAAGCAACUGGCGGCUCGUGAAAAGAAACUACACGCCGCCGGUGAAAUCCAUCGAUUCCACCGAGACGCAGCCGAAGCCCUGUUCCGCAUCCAGGACAAAAACGCCGCCCUAUCCACGGAGCUGGGUAAGGAUCUCAACUCGGCCUUGGCCCUGAGCCGUAAACAGGAGGCCUUCGAGAACGAACUGGUCGCUCUGGAGGCUCAACUCCAGUUUCUGGUGGACGACUCACUGCGUCUACAGGCCAAAUACCCUGGAGAUAAUGCCAAGGCCAUCGCGGCCGAACAGGAAAACGUUAUCCAAGCAUGGAACAUACUGAAGGAGAAGUCCGCACUGCGUAACGAUCAGCUACAGGCCAGCUGCGAUCUACAGCACUUCCUCACCCAGGUCCGGGACUUGAUGUCCUGGGCAACGAACCUGCGAGCGGCUUUACAAGCCGAGGAACACGUCAGUGACGCCACUGGCGCGACCGCCCUCAAGAUCCAGCAUGACGCCAUCUACGGAGAAAUCGAGGCUCGAGAGGAGACCUUCCGGUAUCUCAACGAGCUGAGCGAUUCAAUGGUUCAGACGGGCCACUACGCAGCUACCGAAGUCGAGGAAAAGUGCUCCGCACUGCUUGACGAACGUGCCAAGCUGCACUCGGCUUACAACAAGAAGAAGAUCCUCCUCGAGCAGAAGAUCGACUUGUUCUGCUUCAUGCGAGACGCCAAGGUCAUUGACAACUUGAGCAGUGGCCAGGAAGCGGCUCUUUCCAGCUCGGACUUUGGACAAACGGUAGAAGUCGUCCAAGAUCAGGUUAAGAAACACGAUGCGUUCGAGAAGCUAAUCCAAACGCAGGACGAGAAAGUGGCGAUUCUGCAAGACCACGGCAGAAAGCUGGUUGAACAGAAUCAUUACGACAGUGAAAAUAUUCGACGGCGUCUGAGAGAAAUCGUCGAUCGUAGACAGAAGAUCAAGGAGCUGUGUGCCCUCCGGCGACAGAAGCUCCAGCAUGCGCUGCUGUAUGCUCAAUUCAUUCGAGACUGUGCAGAAGCCGGCGCAUGGAUCAACGAGAAACAGAAGAAACUGGAAGCCGACGCUACUAGCUUUGCCGACGUUUCCAACAUGGAAGACAAGGUCAAGAAGCUGCAGAAACAUCAAGCGUUCCAAGCCGAAGUGGCAGCCAACGAAGGACGUAUCAGGGAAGUUAAGCAGAAGGGAGAGAUGUUGAUCAAGAAGCGACACGAGUGCGCAGCAGAGAUCGAAGAUGAAGUGAGGAAACUAAGCGAAUCGUGGAACGUUCUGUUGAACGAAGUGGCUUCGCGAGGUCGCGGUCUGGAGGAAGCUCAAGACAUCCUGGAGUUCGAUAGCCAGUUGGACAAACUGGAAGCUUGGAUUCGUGACAAGGAAAUGAUGGUCCACGCCAGUGACACUGGUCGCGAUCUGGAGCACUGCAACGCUCUGAAGAGGAAAUUGGAUGAUGUUGACUCGGAUAUGCGAGUUGACGAUCAAAGAAUCAAAACUAUCAACGUUCUGGCGGACAAACUUCUCACUCAGGACAAGGCACCGAAUGAGGCCAAGAACGUUCAACAGCGUCGAAACAACUUCAACAACAAAUGGAAGUCGCUGCAGGGAGCGCUGAACAAGUACCGAGAGCUCCUGGACGGAGCCUACGAGAUCCAUGUGUUCAACCGUGACGUCGACGACACAGCCGAACGGAUCAGUGAAAAGCAGCUCGCCAUGAGCGUGGACGAUACCGGAAGAGACUUAAACGCAGUGGAAGCCCUCAAGCGCAAGCAAGACGCUAUGAAACGCGACAUGACUGCCGUUCAGCAGAAGAUCCAGGAACACGAAAAGAGAGCCAAGCUGUUGGCCCAGAAAUACCCCGAUAACGCGGUAAAUAUCGAAGAAAAGCUAGAGGAACUCAAGCGACAGUGGAACAACCUACAGGAAGCCAGCGUCAAACGAGCGGAAGCUCUGGAGAACGGUUACACGGCGCAUAAAUUCACAGCAGAUGUGAAGGAACUCGAACUGUGGACCAACGACAUUAUGAAGAAAAUGGAUUCCGUGUCGAAUCCAACCACGAUCGCCGAAUGUCAGGCGCAAAUCCAGCUGCAUCGAGAGCGAAAGGCUGAAAUCGACGGACGAGACAAGAUCUUCAAGGCUCUGCAGGAACAUGGCGAACGACUCGUGGCGGACAACAAAGCCAUGGGCGUCAAGAACGACUAUGUGGAGAAGGCGUUGCGUCAGCUGGAAGAUUUGAACAAGCACUUGCACGACUCCUGGAAGGGUAAGGACCGUUUCCUGAAGGAGGCCUAUCAGUUGCAGCAGUUCAAGGAACAGGCGGAUCAGAAUGAAGCCUGGUUGGCCAACAAGGAAGCGUUCCUGAACAAUGAUGACCUGGGAGAGUCAUUCACUGCCGUUGAAGCGCUGAUCAAGAAGCACGAGGCAUUCGAGAAACUGCUCGCUGCCAGCCGGACCGAUGAGUUGGAGAAGUUCGCCGAGGAGAUUUUGGCAGAGAGUCCAUUCGAAGCGGACGUCAUCAAGCAGCGCCUAUGCUCGGUUAUUGCCAGGAAAGAUAAGCUGCUAGCUUCUUCAGCUGCUCGUAAGCAGAAACUACAGGAAUCGCUUCAGCUGCAGCAGUUCCUUCGAGGACUGUACGAAGUUGCCAAGUGGAUCUCGCAGAAAAUGCAGGUCGCCUUGGACGAAAACUAUCGCGAACCCAGUAAUCUACAAAGCAAGAUCCAGAAGCACGUUGCAUUCGAUGCCGAGCUUGGAGCGAACUCUACCCGAGUGACGGCAAUCAUCGAAGAAGGUGAAAGCCUCAUCAACGCGGAACACUACGCCAGUGCGCUGGUGCAAGAACAGCUGGAUAUUCUGGAAGCCGACUGGCAGAAACUACGCGAAGCUUCCCGCGAGAAGAAGGAAUGCUUGGCCGAAGCCUAUGAGGCGCGGCUCUUCGAACGUAACCUGGACGACUUCAACAACUGGAUGGACGAAGUCGAAGGUCAGCUGUCUUCAGAAGACUACGGCAAGGAUCUGGCUUCCGUCAACAACCUGCUGAAGAAGCAUGAAAUGCUGGAAGCAGACGUUGCCCACCAUCUGGAAACCUGCGAGCAGAUCAAGGCCGCUGAUGACAAGUUCCUCGCUUCCGAUCACUUCAUGAAGGACGAACUUCAUGAGAGCGCUAUGAUGACCAUCAAACGGUACCACUCCCUGCAUGAACCAACCACCAUCCGGCGCGACAACCUGGAGGACUCGCUACAGCUGCACCAGUUCUUGCGUGAUGCAGAAGACGAACUUCUAUGGUUGAACGAGAAGGAACCUCUGGCGGCAUCCAAGGAUCUUGGAAGCAGUCUAACCGCAGUGCAGAGUCUACAGAAGAAGCACCAAGCGCUGGAGGCGGAAAUCCUCUCACAAGAACCAACCAUCUCGGCUUUGAUCCAACGAGGCCAGCAGAUGAUCCGAGAAAACCACUACGCUGUGGAACAGAUCGAGAGCCAGUCUAAUCUACUGCAGCAGAAGUUGGUGAACCUGAGGAAUCUGACCAACGUGCGAAGACUGCGGCUGCUGGAUGCCGUCGAGAGUCAGCAGUUCUACGCCGAAGCCAACGAAGCCGAGUCCUGGCUCAAGGAGAAGAAGCCGAUCAUUUCAUCACACGAUUACGGAAAGGACGAGGAUUCGGUUGCAUCGCUACAGAAGAAGCUCGACGCGCUGCAACGUGAGCUGGUAGCGUUCAGGCCGACUGUCGAGAAAAUCGAUAAAUUGGCCGUUGGAUUGCAGGAGCGAGGACACUUCGAUAGCGAGAAGAUCAAGACCAAGAACGACAAGAUCCAGUAUCAGUUCCAUGAGCUAAACAGGUUGGCCGGAGAACGGGAGAAGAAACUUGCCGAGACGAAGAAGCUGUUCGAGUUCAUUAGGGAGAUUGACGAUCUGCAGGAAUGGAUCGAGAUGCAAAUGACCACGGCUGGAUCGGAGGAAUACGGAACCGAUGUAGAACACGUGGAGCAACUGACGGCCCAGUUUGAGUCGUUCGUUUCGAACAUGAACUCGAAUGAGGCACGUGUGAAUUCUUGCGUGGCGAAGGGCGAAUCGUUGUUGAACGAGGGUAACCCAAACAAGGACAUUAUUAAAGGCAAACGCGAUGAAACCAAGCAACUGUGGGAGGAAUUGAAGGACUUGGUUGUGGCACGACAGGAAGCAUUGGCUGGUGCGAAACAGGUGCACGUGUUCGAUCGUACCGCAGAUGAAACAAUCGGAUGGAUUCAUGAGAAAAUCUCAGCUGUCCUGUCAGAAGACUACGGCCAUGACUUAGAAACGAUUCAGGCUUUGGUGCGAACGCACGAAAGUUUUGAAGCUGAGUUGGGUGCCAUCAAGGAACAACUGGAGUCAGUGGUUGCCGAAGCUCAGAAACUCGGCGACACUUUCCCCGAUGCCAAAGAACACAUCGAAGUCAAGCGAGACGAAACGAUCGAGGCGUGGUCCGAGCUGAAGGAGAAGACGAUUCAGCGCAAGGAGAAGCUUAUGCAAGCUGCGCAACUGCAAGCAUACUUCGAUGAGUACCGGGAUCUUAUGGCGUGGAUCAACGAGAUGCUGGCGCAGAUCACUGCUCCAGAGUUAGCAAAGGACGUUGCUGGAGCUGAAGCCUUAAUCGGCAAGAUCAAGGAACAUAAGACAGAGGUGGAUUCGAGGAGCGAAGCUUUCGAAUCGUUCUACAAGACAGGCAACAAACUGAUCAAGGAUGGCCACUUCUUGGCUAACGAAGUACAGGAAAAGAUAGCUGUAUUAGGGCAACGGAAACGUUUGUUGGAUAACACCAUUGUGCAGCGUGCGGAGAUCUACGAACUUAAUCUGGACACGCAGCUGUUCUUGAAGGAAGCAGAAGUGAUCGAGAGUUGGAUCAUUACGCGGCAGGUGCAGCUCAAAGAUGGCAAACUGGGAGAUUCCAUCGCCCAGGUUGAAGAUCUUAUCCGAAAGCACGAUGACUUCGAGAAGACCGUGGCAGCUCAGGAGGAGAAGGUACUGGCACUGAAGCGAAUCACACUACUGGAACAGAAGUUCAAGAAACAGCUAGAAGCCGAGCAUGCUGCUCGCAUAGCCGAAAAGGAACGAGUCGAGCGUGAGCGACACGAAGCUUUGAAGCAGAAGGAAGUUCAGCGAAUCACCGAAGAACGUCGAAGGCACGAUGCCAAUACGUCAGCCGUCAACGGUUACGACACCCCUACGAAGUCGUCUACACCUAGUCAUCUCUCGCCGGUCAGUGCAGCUGGAUUUUCCAAGGAAGCUCCCGAUGUAUCGCCGGUGCAGAAGUCCAACUCGUUCGCCACGAUGCUUCAGGAACGUCUACGUCGAGGUUCCGAGGGCAACAUCAAACGGGCGGAGAGUAUGAAGAUCGGUCCAAAGCCUGCCAAGCGAACGCCAUCCUUCACGACGAGACGGAGAGCUCAGAGCUUCCGUAAGAACCAGCGAGGACUGGAACCAGCCGAAUCCGAUAUGCCACCGGUGGAAAUGCAAGGAAUGUUGGAGCGAAAGCAUGAACUGCAGUCCGGCGGAAAGAAGGCUCCCGUUCGCUCGUGGAAGCCCUUCUACACCGUGCUGUGCGGACAGCUGCUAUGCUUCUUCAAAGACGUGGAAGACUUCGCCCAGAAGAAGGCGGCCACCGCUCCGGUCAAUAUUCUGAACGCCAAAUGUGACCGAGCCGAAGACUACACCAAGAAGAAGAACGUCUUCCGGUUAGUGUUGCUGGAUGGUUCGGAGUUCCUGUUCCUGACCGGAUCGAAGGAUUCCAUGAUCGAGUGGGUCAACAAGAUCGCCUUCCACGCUGCCCUACCUCCCAAUCUACAGCUGAUGAGCUACGACGAGUCGAUGAAGAUCAAUCCCCAGUCCCCGAUCCUGGACCGUAGCGAUGCCAACUCGUCAAUUAGCUCGCGAACUUCGUCGCCGGACUCACAGCGACGGGAUUCCCGGGCGUCGUUGAACAGUGCCAAAUCCGGUGGGUCCGGCAGCAACGCCAGUAGCACUCUCCAAACCCCGCAGAUCGCCUUCCUGCAGAAGCAGAAGGAACUUAGAGAGCAAGAGAACCAGCAAAGGCUAUCGCAGCAACAACAACAGCAACAGCAACAGCACCAACACAUGAGUACCUUCCAGGCGCCACAAAGUCCAACACAGGAAUUCUAUGGAUUAGCCGACAAGCCACCAAUACCACCACGAGCUGUUCCACCGCCGGUACCGCAACGGCAAUCCAGCACCGAAAACGUAUUAAACAACAACAACAACAGCACAGUACAAAUUCGUCCCAAAACCGGCAGUGGGAGCAGUGGUAGUUACAACGGAAAUGACUACGACAAUGGCAACUACACCAAUACGCCUCCACGACCUUUCUCCCAUCAACCAAAUACAGCCACCCAGCAGCGAGGCGUCCCUGUGAAUGGCAAUAACAACAACAACGGAAACGGAAAUGGCGAAGACGUCUGGCUACGUCACAGCGAACUGAGAUCAUCCGAGUUCCCUGCACCGCCACUUCCGGCCACAUCUCCCCCACUGAGUACGUUCUCUCCGCUGAAACCGCCAUCCGGUUACCAGCACCAUCACCACCACCAGCAGCAGCAAAAACAAGCCCAAAUGCACGACCAGUUCCUCAAACGGGAACGAGAACAGGCAACGAGCAACAACAACUACGUCGGCAGUAGCAGUUACCUAAAGAUGAGCAGUCCCACCGGACGGGAAACCAACAACAACAACAACAGCAACACCGUAGCGUCACGAACCACGUGGCACCAUCACCUGCCCAUGCCAGUUCCGCCACAGGUUCCACAAGGGUCUAACGGUGGUACGACGGAGUACAGUCACCACCAGCACACGUCCGUCAACAACGGAAGCAACACCUUCGGGAACAACAUCAACCUGGACGGAUACACUUCCGGUUGGGGCCAGUCUCGCCACGAAGCCAAUCGGCCGGCUUCGCUUCCCGUGGGAGGAGUACCCCCCGGUGCCGCCGGCAGCCCCGCUGACCUAGUGCUCGGCGGCGGCCGACAUCAGCAACAGUCGGCGGAAAGCUCCAGCGAAAGCGAGGCCAGCUUCAUCAAGGGCGGCAGCAAGGAGCCCAAGGACAAAAAGGCCGGCAGCAGCGGAGUGUUUAGAAUAUUUUCGAAGAAGAAGUCCAAGAACCACCAGUAACGGAAACCGGGGGAAACGGAAUGUCCAUUCCGGGUUGUUUUUGGUUCACCGCCGGGAAGAGUUGUAUCAUAACGGAGAGCCUGCACUGUAAUUACUUCCGUAAGAAUAUGUCUUAUUUUUUUAUUAGAAAGCGGAUUAGUUCUUAGAAAUUAUCCCCAAAUAUUCACUGAGCAGCCUGGGCGGUAUAUUUUCAUACAGUGCUAAUAUAGAGCUCUUAACUGGCUUAGAAGCAUUUUAUCAGCACUAUAUCAACGAUUUCACUCUCCGACAGCUUGGUGAUUACUUGGAUCGGUUUGUUUUUGAGCUUUCAGUUCGAGUUUUGUUUUAUUUAAUUGCAAGAUGUUAUUUUAUCACAACCACACACACACACACACAUACACACACCAUGGUAGGCAACUUGUAGUAUAUCGAUUCAUUCGAACAUUGCAUACCGGAAAAUUGUAGGAUUUUUUUUAAAUAUAAAGCAAUGCAGCUUACCACCUACGAGGUAUAAGAAAAGUCGAAUAAACGAAGAAAAAAGCAAGGCAGUUAUGCCCAGAAGAGCUAAUUUAUAUUCUAAAACUGUCAACUCGUUUUGAGCAAUACUGUAAUAAUGUAACUUUAGACGUACCUAUACCUAUCAUAUUUUAGUAGAGUUUUUGAUGCCCAAGCAGCUCAUUAUAUGUGUAGAUCUAACUACAUACCUAAACUACAGUUUCAACAAGUCAUUGAUCGGAAUCGAACAGAGAGUUACACGAUAUAGUUUUAAUGUGGCAACACCACAGUGUAGUUAAAGAACUUGUUAAAACUUGCAUAAAUCUAGAUAAGACAAUAUGGUUUAGUAAAAAAAUAUUGGAAUAAUAUAAAA